AUGGCACAGAGUGGAAACGGAGCAGCAUGUGAGAGUGAUGUUACAUCACUUGGUACCGGACAAGAGCUGAACAUUGAUGAUGACACACUGAAACGUAAAGACUCUUACAACUGUUAAUACUGUAUCCCCAACAAGACUUUAACAUAGCAAAAUAAGGAGGAAUGAAAUAAAAGAUACAGAAAAGGAAAAAAAUUCCGUCAUUUGAAAACAUUCAACAUACGGAAGUGGUUAAAGAAUCAAAGUCGAAGGUGGUUUUUCAAUUUUUUUUAUCUAGAUUAGGCUUUUUCUAGAAUUUGUGGCCGACGAAUGAUGACUUUUCUCCCAGCAGGUGUGAUUUCUUUUUUCCUGCCAACCCGAAAGAUGCACACUACCGCAUAACGCCUUUAAUAAUAGUGUAAGUUCCGUCUGGCGCUACAAAUUUAAUGCUUUUCUAGCUUUUUUGGCGUUUUUAACUUUAGAAAGUGAGCAUAACUGACGACCAAAUUUGCCACUAUUCUGUGACCAUUGUCAUGGUCAACGCCAUUUAUUAGUGAACAAGUGACACCAUUUGCCUAAACGGGGAGUAAAUGACCCCUGUUAUGAUCACUUUUUUUGUUUUAAUAUGCAGGAAAGAGACGAAGACGGAAAUGAACAUAUUAAAAAGUUGCACACGAUAGACCGUAUUGUACUCUUAUCUUUUGUAUUCACAAUUAUAAUUCACUAUUUUAUUUUUUUACACCAUGGCAAGUUUCGUUCCCAAAGGAGUAUUCCGGAUUUUUAAGAGACGUGGAUGAACUAAUUGGGGCAAAAAUCAAAACCCACAAAAGUUCCCUGAACCAAAAAUUAACCCCCAAAAAAUCCUAUACAGAACUACGCACCGACAAAAUUAUUCAGUUAAAAUCAAGCCAACUAAGAAAAUACUUGCCACAUUUUUCCUACCCCAAAAGAAUCCCAGAAUUGAAAAUUUUAAGCCCAAAAAAUCCUUCUAUCAUCGCCGUCACUUGAAAUCCGGACUACCUCAACUGGAGUUUCGUUCCACCCCAAAUUUCUUAAUCAAAAGUUUGCUUAUGGCGUACUUCAUAACCGCAAAACAGAUUGUCGAAUACGAAGCUGAAUCGGAGAGACCUACAAGUAAAAAGGAAAGAACCAAGGAUGGAAAAAACAAACAAGUACCCUGUAUUUUUUUGGAAACCGAAAUACACUCAACUCGAAAACGAAGAACCCUCAACGCCGGUGAAAGGGUGUGCAAUAAACCAAAUGGGUCCGUAAAUUUGAAGCGUGACCAUCCCCUUGAGGUAUUUGCGUUGCCUCGACGUACUCGUACCCAUUGUUGGGUAUUUGGAAUCAAAUGUUUUGGCUCAGGGAGGGGAGAGUAUAGUAGAGGUUUACAUUUUUAGCACCUUACAUUGAGAAAGUUUGCGGUAUUGUAGUGUUUGACAAAUUUUCAUGCGGUACUUGUGUAAUUGUGGCCUUGAAUUCUGAUAUUGUGGUAUUUCUAAACAUGCCGAAGUUUUUGUGAUUGGCUCGGGGAUUUUUAGCAUGGUUGUGUCGAAUUUCUCGAUUUCUGUUUGCAGUGUUACGGUGUUCCGUAUACCCCUAGCCGCUCUUCAAUGGUUUUUUUUUUGCGCAUGCGUAUACUUGUGCCAAAAGACCAGCUUUGAUGUGUGACAAGUUGCGGUUUUAGAAAGGUUUACCAAACAAUAUUCCCAUGAUAAUUGUUUAUGCGUUUGAACCCAUCAACAGAAAUAAUUAGCAAGGCAUUUAUAAUAACGGAUGCUGAAAUCCUAUGAUGCAACCACAGCACCUUCACAUUUUACCAUUUAUUAUUAUAAUUAUUAUAACUAUUAUAUUAUUAUUAUUAUUAUUACUAUUUGAAAAGUUAUUUUGGUGUUAAUCCAAUCUUAAGUUUUUGUAGUUUUGAAAGUAAAAAAAGUGUUGUUGUUGAUGUGGUCAUAGCAGCCAAACAUCUUUAAGUAGCAAACCGAAUUUAUAUACUUAACAGUGUUUUUAUCCCGAGUUUUUAUCAACAAAGUAUUACCAAUGACGAAAGCCGUUGCAAAUUAUGAAGAUUAUCCCGUUACGUUCAAUAAAACUAAAAGUAAACUUUACCGAAUUUCACUAGCACUAAAAAAAAACAAUAUGUUUAUAAGGAUUAUUGCUGCCAUUGACUCCUGAUUCUGUUUCCAAAUAUGGUUCUGUCACGUCUUACUGAAGUGGUACUGUUAACUCCCUGCUGCUACUAAGUCGAUUGACUAGGGCAACAAAAAAGAACUGCAAAAAACGUAGCUCUAAAUCUGAAACUGAAUCAGCCACCGAGAUUGUCGGAAAGUGAGUUGGCAAUGGUUGGUUACUAGGGUGUUCUGAGCGACUUAGCUACUGAAUUCUGGAAAGCAGUUUCAUGUCUUGAAUGAAAGCAUAACGGAAAACUGAAUCAGAUUACGUUACUGUCCUGUUGUUUGAAAAUUACUUCACCGCUCAUUUCAUGACAGCCUGCCACAGAAUUUUGAUUGAUUUGUUCAGUCAAUAAAAGUUUUAUACUAAUGUGAGUUUACCACUUGUCGCAAAAUGAAUGGUUGUUUUGGUAACAGUGCUUAUACAAGUGAAGUUAAUAUUAAUUUAAAGCUUUUUACCGAUUUUUCCAGAUCAAACCAUUAUGGCACAGAGUGGAAACGGAGCAGCAUGUGAGAGUGAUGUUACAUCACUUGGUACCGGACAAGAGCUGAACUUUGAUGAUGACACACUGAAAGGUAAAGAUUCUUACAACUGUUAAUAGUGUAUCACUAAAAGGCCUUUAACAUACUAAACUAAGCACAAGUAAAAUAAAAUAUACAGAAAAGACAAAAAACCGUCAUUUGAAAACAUUCAACAUACGGAAGUGGUUAAAGAGUCAAAGUCGUUAAACAUUAUCUCUACUGAAGGUGGUUUUUUAACUUUUCAUCUGGAUUAGGCUUUUCCUAGAAUUUGUGGUUGAAUUUACCACUUGUGACGAAAUGAAUGGCUGUUUUGGUACCAGUGCUUUAUAUACAAGUAAAGAUAAUGUCAGUUUACAGCUUUAUACCGAUUUUUCCAGAUCAAACAAUUAUGGCACAGAGUGGAAACGGAGCAGCAAGUGAGGGUGAUGUUACAUCACUUGGUACCGGACAAGAGCUGAACUUUGAUGAUGACAAACUGAAAGGUAAAGACUCUUACAACUGUUAAUAGUGUAUCACCAAUUAGCCUUUAACAUAGAAAUUUAAGGAGAAAUGAAAUAAAAGAUACAGAAAGGAAAAAAACCGUCAUUUGAUACCAUUCAACAUACAUAAAGACUGGAAGUCGUUAAACAUUAUCUCCACUGAAGGUGUUUUUCACUUUUUGUCUAGAUUAAACUUUUUCUAAAAUUUGUGGUGGACGAAUUCCUUUAUCUUGUGGAUUCACCGUUACAUAUAGCCCUGCUUUAGCUCCCGCCAAGUAUGAUUCCUAUUUUCCCGCCAACCCGAAAGAUGCACACGCACCUCAUAAUGGUUUAUUAGUGUGAGCUACAAAUUUAAUACAUUUUUAGCAUUUUUAACAUCAGAAAGUGAGAAACGGAACGACCAAAUUUGCACCUAUUUCACAAGUCUGUGAGCAAUGUCAUGACCUAGUACAAACAUUAACCAUAGAGGACUGCAAAGGACCGCAAACGAAUAUGCCGGAGAACGUAGGAUCCAUAAAGACCUGAUCAGCAAAAAUGAAAAGUGAAAAGUAGACAUUAAAUUCUGCAAGCAGAAUACUGCAAUGCUGACCGUACUACGUGAAAAUUAACUCUGCAAGACAUCAACACGACACCGAAAGAACUCAAAACAGAGCGAGAUUGUAGCCAUAGUCAUGAUCAACGCCAUUUAUGAGUUAACAAGUGACACCAUUUGCCCAACCGGGGAAUAAUUAUCCCCGUGGUAUUUUUCGUUUUAAUCCGUAGCAAAGAGACGAAGACGGACUCCCGGAUGAACACACAAAAAAGUUGCACAGGAUAGUCCGUAUUGUACUCUUAUCUUUUGUACUCACAAUUAUAACUCGCCAUUUUAUUUUUUAUACCAUAGCAAGUUUCGUUCCCAAGGGUUAUUACGGAUUUUAACAGACGUGGAUGACCAAAUGGGUGCAAAAAUCAAAAACCCAAAAUUCCCUGGACCAAAAAUUAACCCCCAAAAAUCCUAUACAGAACUAUUCACCGACAAAGUUCUUUAGUUUAAGUCAAGCCAACUAAGAAAAUACCUGUCAAAUUUUCCUACCCCAAAAGAAUUCCGGAAUCGAAAAUUUCAAACCCAACAAAUCCUUCGAUCAUCGCCGUCACUUGAAAUCGGCAGUACCUCCACUGGGGUUUCGUUCCACCCAAGUUUCUUUAUCGAAAGUUAUGCUUAUGACGUACUUCAUAACUGUAAAACAGAUUGUCGAAAUCAAAGCUGAAUCGGAGAGACCUACAAGUAAAAGGGAGACAACCACGAAUGGAGAAAGAACCAAGUAUUUUCUAUUUUUUGGAAACCGAAAUACACUCAACUGGAAAACGAAGCACCCUCAACCCUGGUGAAAGGGCUUGCAAUCAACUACAACUGGUCAGUUAAUUUGAAGCGUGACCAUCCCCUUUGGGUAUUUUCGCUGCCUCUGGAUACUCUUACCCACAAUGGGGUAUUUGGAAUCAAUGUUUGCCUCGGGGAGGGGAGAGUAUGGUAGUGUCUGACAUUUUUAGCACCUAACAAUGAGAAAUUUUUUGGCGUUGUGGUGUUUGGCAAAUUUUCAUGCGGUACUUCUGUAAUUGUGGUCUCGAAUUCUGAUAUUGUGGUUGGCUCGGCGAUUUUUAACAUGGUUUAAGUUGUCGAAUUUGUCGAUUUUUCUUCGCUGUGUUACGGAGUUGGGCAUACCCCUAGCCGCUGAAAUUUUAAUUUUUUUAGCAUGCAUAUACUUCUACCAUAAGACCGCCAUCGAUAGUGUGAUAUCGUGCCCAGUUGCGGUAGUUGAAAGGUUUUCUCUUCAGAGCCAAACAAUAUUCCCAUGGUACUGUGUUAUGUGGCUGAAGACCCUCGUUGAACCCAUCAACUGAAACAUUUAGAAAGGCUGCAUUUAUAUUAAUGGCUGCCGAAAUCCUAUGGUACAACCACAGCACCUUCACAUAGUACCAUUUAUUAUUAUUAAUAUUAUGAUUAUGAUGAUUGUGAUGAUGAUUGUGAUGAUUAUUAUUAUUUGAAAAGGUUAUUUUAGUGUUAAUCCAAUCUUAAGUUUUUGUAGUUUUGAAAGUAAAAAAAGUGUUGUUGUUGAAGUGGUCGUAGCAGCCAAACAUCUUUAAGUAGCAAACCGAAUUUAUAUAAUUAACAAUGUUUUUAUCACGAAUUUUUAUCAACAAAGUAUUACCACUAACGAAUUAAAGAUGUUGCAAAUUAUGUCGAUUAUCCCCUUAAGUUCUAUAAGGCUAAAAGUGAACUUUACCGAGUUUCACUUGCACCAAAAAGAAACAAUAUGUUUAUAAGGGUCAUUCUAAUGAUAGCACAAUUUGCUGCAAUUGACACCUGAUUCUGUUUUUAAAUAUAGGUUUUUCACGUGUUACUGAAGUUGCACUGUAAGACCUUGUUUACAUGGAGUGGGGAACCCCGGUCUAGUGGGGUAGGUUUCCUUUGUUUUGUGUCCCCCAGAGCGUGAAAACAAAAGAAACCAACCCCACUAGACCGGGGUCCCCCACUCCAUGUAAACAGGCCCUAACUCCCUGGUGCUACUAAGUCGAUUGACUACGUAGCAAAAAAAAACUGAAAAAAACGUCGCUCUGAAUCUGAAACUGACGCUAUCAGCCACCGAGAUUGUCGAAACGUGAGUUCACAAUAAUUGGUUACUAGGGUAGCCUGAGCGACUGGGCUACUGAAUUCUGGAAAGCAGUUACUAACAUGUCUUGAUUAAAAGCGCAAUGGAAAACUGAAUCAGUUUACGUGUACUGUCCUGUUGUUUGAAAAUUACUUCACCGCGCAUUUCAUGAGUGCCUGCCACAGAAUUUUGAUUGAUUUCUUCCGUCAAAAAAAGUUUUAAUGUGAGUUUAGCACUUGUGGCAAAAUGGAUGGUUGUUUUGGUAACAGUGCUUAUACAAGUGAAGUUAAAUAGAGAAUAAUACAUGGUCGCGCGGAGAUAUGGAAUUUAUCUUCGAGUGUUCACAUCGAUAUCGAACAGGUGAGAUAUCGAAUGUGAACACGAGAAGAUAAAUUCCAUAUCUCCAAGCGUCCAUGUAUUAUUCUGUUUAUUAUAUAAACAAGAAUCAGCCAUUCCAUAAACCAAAACCAUGUCAUAUAGUCGAGAACCCGACAAAUGUAAUUCAUUGUUUAAAAUACUCCAGUGUAAACUCGGAGCUCUACAAAGUACAGUAAAAAAUAAAUACAAAUAUUAAAAAUGUCCGGUAUCUUGUUCAAAAUAUAAUAGACAAGAUAAAUGGUUAAAAUGUUCUCAAACUAUCAAAUAUCAAUAAUUUCACAUGUAAAAAUAUCGUAUUUUUACGCGUGUUCAGAUACCACAUUUCUCGGUGGUAGAAAUCCUUGUAAAACACUGCAGUUUAUAUAAUAAUAUUAAUUUAAAGCUUUUUACUGAUUUACCUCUUGCGGCUCCUCGUGGAUUAGGCUUUUCCUAGAAUUUGUGGUGGAGUUUACCUCUUGUGACAAAAUGAAUGGCUGUUUUGGUACUAGUGCUUUAUAUACAAGUAAAGAUAAUGUCAGUUUACAGCUUUAUACCGAUUUUUCCAGAUCAAACCAUUAUGGCACAGAGUGGAAACGGAGCAGCAUGGGAGAGUGAUGUUACAUCACUUGGUACCGGACAACAGCUGAACUUUGAUGAUGACACACUAAAAGGUAAAGAUUCUUACAACUGUUAAUAGUGUAUCACCAACAGGACUUUAACGUAGCAAAAUAAUGAGGAAUGAAAUAAAAGAUACAGAAAAGGAAAAAAAACCGUCAUUUGAUAAUAUUCAACAUACGGAAGUGGUUAAAAAGUCAAAGUCGUUUAACGUUGUCUUAACUGAAGGUGGUUUUAUCCUUUUAUCUAGAUAAGGCUUUUUCUAAAAUUUGUGUUUGACGACUAAUUACUUUAUCUUGUGGAUUCACCGUUAUAUACAGUGGUGCAUUAGCUCUCGGCAAGUACAAGUACUAUUUUCCCGUUAACCGAAGGAUGAACAGGUACUGCAUAACGCCUUAGUAGUGUUCUCUGGAGCUACAAAUUUAAUGCAUUUCCAGCCUUUUAGCAUUUUUAACUUCAGAAAGUGAGGAACUGAACGACCAAAUUUGCCACUAUAUCACAAAUCUGUGACCAAUGUCAUGGUCAACGCCAUUUAUGAAUUAACAAGUGACACCAUUUGCCUAACCGGGAAGAAAUGAUCUCUCUCAUAUAUGUUGUUUAGUAAUCUCUAGCAAAGAGACGAAGACGGAAAUUAACACAAAAAAAAUUGCACACGGUUUUCCCGUAUUGUACUCUUAUCUUUUGUUUUCACAAUUAUAAUUAACCAUUUUAUUGCUGUUUUCUUUAUUUAUUUUUUCUAUCACUUUUCCCACCGAAAGGAUCAGUUUAUUGUUUUAGUCGCCUCCUUCGAAUAAUCGCCCCCUAUAAAGGAAAAAUUUGAAAUAAUCGCCUCCCAAAACCCCACCCCCGCUCGUCCUUUGAGUUCUCGCUUCCUGGUCCUGUUUUUAUCCCUCGUCCCGAAUAUCACUUCCAAAGAUCUGCCAAAUGCCGCAUCCCGCCUGUUGCAGACCACCCACCCCCCCCAGCCUUCUUUGUUUGAGGGAAGGGGGUCUGUUACAGGUUUUCCCAAGGCUUAGAGGUGAGUAUGGAACAAGUGAGAACUGUGAAAGCUGGAGACCAGCGAGGAGAGCGCAAGCGGGGAGUGAUGGGAAGGAAUAAGAGAGAAAGCUUCAUUUUUUCUCCCCUUUCCAUCACAACUUUCGCCCCCUUUCCUUAACAAUCAACUCAAAUAUCCCCCGAAAAGUGAUCGCGAUUGACUGGGAACAAUGCAGUGGAGGGGAGGGGAGGGGAGGCUGUACACGGGCUAUACACCAUGAGGUUUAAUGACAUUUCAACCUGCUUCAUUUUUAGCAAUAGCUGAGGUGUACAAAACCGAAGGCGAUGAAGCGUACUUACAGGAAGAUUACAGCAACGCCGUUUACUUUUAUACUGAGGGAAUUAAAGUAAACUGCAAGGACGAAGACCUAAAGGCGAAACUGUACAGCAACAGAGCUUAUGCAAACCUUUGUUUAGGUAAGGCUACUUGUAUUUUGAAAAUAUAGAAAUAUUGCUUGUUUUCUGAUUGGUUAACCACUGAUGUUGAAUAUUUGCCAGUGUGAUCACAUGACUUGCUUUGGAAUGGUCCGUCAGGGGUUUUCCAGAUUUCACUGAUCUUAUUUGCUUUGAGUUUGCUUUGCUGCGUUUGCUGUGAGUAAUUUUUGUUUGUUUGCAUUUUUAACAUUCAUAGGAAACUACAUUUACUCCCUGGUAGAUGGACAAAACGCCAAGGACAUUCGACCAUUGGCAAUCAAACCAAUAAUAGCAGGUAAUUUUAGAAGAAUUUUUUUUAAGUAUUUAGUAUCUAAGAAACAGAAUGGAUCAUAAUUAUACUAGUAAUGUUGGCAAGCAUUCUAUUUACCCCCUUGUUGUGAAAACACCAAAAGUUCAAACGGCUACAAAGUUCAAACGUUUAAAUAAUAUGGAAGAAAUUAAACUUUAGAUUUGGAGUCCAGGGUGUAACAAAGUCAUCAUCAAAUGUUUGUUUGCUCACGGGCUCUUUUAUAGUACAAAAAUGGCAAUUACGGUUAUUGGUAGGCUACUUGCGACAUAGUUCUUCAUUCUCUUGAACAUAGGCACGUAUGACGUGCAUGAACUAUCAUGGAUGUUUCAGUGUAACUGUACCACGAAUGUACCCAUUUAAGCCUAAUUUUAGAGUGGCUUGUUGUUUGAAAUUGUCCGGAAAUUGGGUGUUGCUGUACAUGAAAAUGAUAAAAGUAGCAAAAUGACAGCUUAAGAGAGUGUCUCUGUAAGAGCGGUCCGGUCGAUUUUCCUUGGGACACAGAUUUAGCUCAUUUCUUGUGUGUUGUAAGACAUUCAUGUACCUAUACUAAAACCACAAUCCGUUUGAUCGGAUCUCUUUAUUUUUCAGAGUUUUACGGAAAUUAAAUUUCACUCGAGCGAAGGCCUGUCCUGACACUUUUCAAGACUUUAACUUGAGACAACUUUGGAGGACAAUUUACAAAAAAACUACGGGACUCAGCAAAAAAACAAAUACCACAGCCAUGUAUAUUAACUCUAUCUUAUCCAUCGAGGCGACUUUCGUGAACAUCACGUUUCAAUCAAGCAAACAGGAAGACUUGAACGACACCUUAUCGGUUCGCUUAAGUCACACACGCGAAAACCGAUCAAAUUCAAGGUACAUUUUUGAAAAAGUGAGGCGUUCUUAACUGAUCCAACUAAUAUAGCUAGGAGGUAGGUGCCAUAGAAAAGGUAACUACAGAAAAAAACUUUGCGGCCCGACCUUUACUAAAACUUUAUAACUCCGUGAACUUACCUAAUUUUCCGCAAUCUCCAACUUUUGCCGCCAUUUUGAGGGACUUGUCAACAUGAGGCGUAGCAGAUAUAUCGAGCAGGUAGAUCUAAAACAGUCAGAAAUACAUACGAAAGCAUUCAAAUGAACUUCACUUUCAAUUCAAGGGGCAAAAUUUGAAACUGUUCGUUAAACCUACCAUUCCUACAUCCCCAUGCGACCAUUUCUUCCAACAAUUCAAACACUACAACUAGUGACCACUAGUGUUCGAAUUGCCCUUGUCGAUUCCACCGUAAGAAAUAACCUGUGCCACCCAAGCUUCGACUCCAAUGUGAAGUACGAAUCAAACAACAUAACUGCGUCAUCUUCGAGGCCAUAUCACGCUGGUAUUUUGGAUUUUCUGAUCGACCAGAACGGUGAUCAGGAGGUGAUCGCCAUGUUUACCUCAUAAACGUGACCGCUGACCAGCCGCUGAAUGAAAACAGUACGCCGCAGGGUGGUGUGGGUGGCGGACUUAUCGUCAUAAGAUAUUCGAAUACACUCUAAAAAAGCUUUAGGACUCUCAGUCUAAAGAGUGAAGGCAUGCUUUGUGGUACAGACAACUUUGAUUUUAUUCUCAUAACUUUUUCCUUUAAAUUAGAACUGGUAUUAAUUAGUAGAGUUAUUUAAAUAUUUUUAACCGAGGUACCCAUAUGACCUUUUUGCUUGUCCUCAGUGGUAUAUAAUAAGGUGUCUUUUCUUCCAGAACCUUUUAGUUAUGCGUUAUUUGCACGGAAUGAACACUAUACUUAGAAGGUUUGUUCUAAAUCAUUUUUGCUGUUCCCAAGAAUGUAUGCAAAAUCAUUGCUUUAUACAAAGCUGACUCUAAAAUAUGAUUUUUCGUAACAGUAACUAAUGUCAUUUACGUAAGGUGUUAAUAAAACUAGUAAUGUACAAUUUUUAGCGUUUUCCACUUAUAAGCCUGACAUACAAUUGUCAAGUGAACUAUGUUAGUUUCAGCUCAUUUCUUGAUUCGAUGUGACCUUUUAUCACUAAACCCCAUUCCUUUCAUUUGCAAUUUUCCUGUACUUUUUUUUCAUGCGACAACGACAAAGUACCCUGGGUACCAGAGGUUUUUCUCGCGUGCGGCGGGAAGUUUCGGUGUUGGCCGAAGGCCGACACGUUUUCGGCCGUAGGCCGAAGCCACGAGCGGCGAAGCCGCGAGAAAAACCUCUGGCACGGAGCGGUGCUUUUUACCGUCCCCGUUGACCUUUGAGCUUUUUUAUCGCAUUACAUUUACGCCAAUCAGAUUGAAAGUCUCCGACUGUGAUCAUGUGGGCCGGCACGUGAAGAAAUGUCCGAAGACUCACAUUAUCCUUAGAAAGACAAGUUCGUGUUUAAAAUUCAUUGCUUUUAGAGCAAUCAUGACUGGGUCAAAUCGAAGUUCUCCAUAAUUGAUGUAGCUUCAGUUUAAGCUGCAAUCCAUUCUUCGAGAUUUGGAUCUGAAAAUCACUGUCCGUGAGAAUUUAACAUCCUGCUAAAAACGCUAACGAGCUGGGCCCAGCGUGACAAAACAUUGCAGGAAACCGUCACUUUCACCGACAAAAAGAAAAUCGCUUAUAAUUAUUCAGAUCCAGGAGGCUCUUUGGAGAAAUUAAACAACCUAAAAUCCUCAUUUGGACGCAUUGAAGAGCUUAACAUUUCAAAAGAGGUCAAAGAAAAUGCUCUUGCAACAGCAAAUCAUAUGCCGACCAGACACAAUAACCGCAGAAAAUCAAUAUGCGUGUCACGACCUCUCAGUAUGAAACAAUCGGAAAAAAUCAAAUUUGCUCAGUUGAAACGUUUUUCUCCAGAGUAUAAUCUACCCAUCACGGAAAAAAAUUCAUUGGAACAAGCAGCAUUUUGGCAUGAGGUAAAAGUCGUGUGUUGCCUUCUGACCCCUCUUUUAUUACUAAGAAUAAUACAAACUAUUUCAAAACAUGCGUUGUAAUCGUUUGAAAUAGGAAAUUAGUAAAGCUUAAACUGUAUUGCUGCAAAAGCUGAAUUGGUGAUAAUAGCUUAAUUGCGUUGAAUAAACUUGAAUACUCCACUUGUUUGCUCAUAGCUUUUAAAUUGUCUACACCGUCAAACCCUUCUAGUAAAUUUCUUAUCAUGCUCUUUCAAAACUUUCCAAAGCUGCCAUCACAACACUUCUCGCGAGUACAACAACAGCAAAGUUGGAAAUAUUCUUUCACGUGCUGGUCUAUUCUUGUCAACCAAUUGUAGCGUCUGUUAGAUUCAAAGUCCCUCAGGUGGUCGUUAGUAGCCAAUCAGCCGUCUUGUCCAAAAUCUGGACCAACUGAUUUAACCGUGCUAACGAUUGGAUCGGCGCCAUCAAAGCAAUAGCGCUCUGCUCCAGAGGCUUUUCGCGCGGGUCACUAUAAAGACUUGACAGAAACCGGAAACCGCGCUAGAAAAGUCUCUGGCACCCAUGGUAACGACAAAGAGUCUUAUAACUAAACUGAUUUUUUGCUGUACCACGCUUAUCACAUUGUAUACACAAAUACAUGCAAAAGGCCGGCUAAAUAAUGCACCUAUCAAUGUAAACCCCGUGGGGGAGUGCGGGCAAGGGGUGGGGAUUUGACAAAUUUUAAAAUUUUGCGAUCAAAUUCCCCAGGGUGGGAAACGAAAGGUCAAUCAAAGGUGUCAAAAAAGCCCCACCCCAGGGGAAAAAAUCUAAACAAACAAUACUAUAAUACUGUAUAAAACGAAUGAAAAGAACAUUUCAAAAGUACGUCCUUACUAAACGUAAGCUCCGUUAAAUUACUCGCUGUAAUUAAUAAGUAUUUUCUCUCUCCACUAGCAUCUCUUAUUUUGAACAACAAAAUCACUCUAGGAAGAUUGACCGUGCUAUUAUAAUAUUAACGAAAUGUAAAAUGCUUCAUAACACUGAUAACAUCUGCUCAACAUGCCGGAACAGGUCGGAUCAGUGACCCGUAAAACAUCCUGUGACUUUCAUGGUGGAAUAAAAUUUCAAUCGAGUUUUACAAUCAGAUGGGAACUUGAAGAUAAAAACUUUCUCAAGAUAGACAUUAUCUGUCUAGAUGACAGUUUAAGGUGACUCGACCCAGUUUUUUUUAGGAGGUACCAUCCUACUUUGAAGCUCUCUGGUAUCCUCACCUUUACUUUUAUCGUAAGUAUAACACAUAGAAUGGAUAACAUAUAGAUCAAUCUACAAUAUAACAUAAAAUUUUUGGCGAUCGGAGUAAAUGUCACGUGGUUAUAAUGCCACGCCCCUUUGAGGUCUGAGUGGAAAAUCGGCUGUUGCCGGCAUUUUUUCGUGAAAAUCUCUCGGCUACACAUAGUGCGCAUUAGUGCCUUGCGCUGAACAGAGUUUCACCAAAAUCGCAAAGACCCAAUUCGAGAAAUUCAGCGGUUUCCAAAUUUAGGUCAUAAUUUAUGCGAAAAUGAUAAGCAAACUUUACACGGAUUAUAUCUAAUAAACCAAGAGAUUCAUCCCUUUAUUUUGGGCAUCCUUAUAACAGAUGGGUCCUUGCAAGUCAGCAAAACGCUUUAGGGCCUUGUAAAUGCGCGCGAUUUCGAGCAAAGCAAACAUAUAGAAAUUAUAGUUUUCGCUAUUUGUUGACGUUUGUCGGCGUUUAAGAGUCAAUCUCACGAAAAAAGCAUUUUCUUAAAAAUUCGUAGUUUUUUUUUCCUUCAAAUUUUUUCAGGGCCACAAUUGAUUAACUAACUACCCGGACUCUGAAUUUCAUGGUCAUUGAAAAACUGUGACAUUAUCUUCUAGAAGCUCAAACUUGAGUAAACAUUGAAGAUUUUUAGCGUUUUGGCUGAGUUUGUGCUUUGGGAGUUGUCUAUUGUUUCUAGUCUGUCAUUAUACAGCAUUCUUGUUCAGCACGCGUGCAAUGACCGCGCUCGGCUGACUUCCGAAUGCUCACCGAGAUAUUAUAAAUUUGGUACAGUGAGAUAGGCCAUCGCGUAAUACAUAGAGGUUUAACUAACAAUUUUUAAUCAAUUCUCGUGCUUCUUGUGUCUUUGCAAAAAAAUCAAGAAGUGCUACACACUAAGUCUACUUACUAUUAAAAAAAUAUCAUUUUUUCAUAGGUUUAAUGCAAGCCAAUAAUUAAACCAACUCGUGACGGGAAUAUCUCGGUGAGCAUUCGGAAGUCAGCCAAGCGCGGUCAUUGCACGCCUGCUGAACAAGAAUGCUGUAUAAUGACAGACUAGAAACAAUAGACAACUCCCAAAGCACAAACUCAGCCAAAACGCUAAAAAUCUUCAAUGUUUACUCAAGUUUGAGCUUAUAGAAGAUAAUGUCACAGGUUUUCAACGACCAUGAAAUUCAGAGUCCGGGUAGUUAGUUAAUCAAUUGUGGCCUGAAAAAAUUUGAAGGAAAAAAAACUACGAAUUUUUUAAGAAAAUGCUUUUUUCGUGAGAAGGACUCUCAAACGCUGACAAACGUCAACAAAUAGCGAAAACUAUAAUUUCUAUAUGUUUGCUUUGCUCGAAAUCGCGCGCAUUUACAAGGCCCUAAAGCGUUUUGCUGACUUGCAAGGACCCAUCUGUUAUAACGAUGCCCAAAAUAAAGGGAUGAAUCUCUUGGUUUAUUAGAUAUAAUCCGUGUAAAGUUUGCUUAUCAUUUUCGCAUAAAUUAUGACCUAAAUUUGGAAACCGCUGAAUUUCUCGAAUUGGGUCUUUGCGAUUUUGGUGAAACUCUGUUCAGCGCAAGGCACUAAUGCGCACUAUGUGUAGCCGAGAGAUUUUGACAAAAAAAUGCCGGCAACAGCCGAUUUUCGACUCAGACCUCAAAGGGGCGUGGCAUUAUAACCAUGACAUUUACUCCGAUCGCCAAAAAUUUUAUGUUAUAUUGCAGAUUGAUCUAUAUGUUAUCCAUUCUAAGUGUUAGACUUACGAUAAAAGUAAAGGUGGGGAUACCAGAGAGCUUCAAAGUAGGAUGGUACCCCCCCCAAAAAAACUGGGUCGAGUCACCUUAAAGUAUCGGAUUAUGGCGAUUAAAACAAAUGAAAACUUCACACCUUUCUCCAAUAGCGUGACUUUCAGAAAGCCUCGAGGGGCGGAUUUGGUAACCGCUUCUGAAUUGAUACCAGGCUUCUGUCGGUCAAAGUCAAAUGUCCCGACCCCGGAGUCGCUUCGUACGAUCAAAAGCCCGACAGCGGGAUGGUCUCAGGCAUCAAAUCCCCGCCCCUUGCCCGCCCCCCCCCUCCCCUACGGAAUUUACAUUGAUAGGUGCAUGAGCUCCUCCUCCUGCUCCUAAUUUUUUGGGUUGCCUUCGCCCCAUGCCUCUGCACGACUCCCAUUUAAAUGGGAGCUCGAAGAAAGUACAGAUUUCCUUAAGCGUGGAAACAGUAAAAUAGUUCAAUUUUCCCUCCUUGACGUGGUCACACAAGUCAUAAAUGUCAUAGACAAUCGGAUGCGUUAAGCCAAUUUCUGUUACAACUGAUUCGACGGUGGUCAUGUGAUUCACUUCUUUCUCGUCAAUUAAUCCCUCAUCAGAUUUAUCGUCAGCCGCGGUGCUCGGAGACGAACCUACCCGUCUCCAUCUCGAGGAGGACAAACGGAAGAAAAAUCUUUGUAUUUGGGCUUUGGUCAGCCACUCUUCCGGGAAAACAGGCCCUUCCCGUUUUCCCCCUUCGCUUUCCUCAUAUCUUGCGAGACUUGUCGCAGAUCCUCUUUCCUUCCAGAUUGCUCACCAAUUUCAAACUUGGAGGUGAGAUACUGCCUUACUUUCUCUUCGAAGCGAACAGCGCCACCUUUUGGCUUAUGAAGUGCCCAUCCUUCACUUAAAUUCGACUGGAAAGGUUCGCUACCUUGUCUCUCGAUAACAUUGGUACUAUCGCCUUCUGAAAGGGUAAGGGAUGAGAAUUUUUCAACCCAGCUUUAAUCUAGAGAUUUCAAAGCUGUUCUAAUGUCAAAAAUAAAGGAAAUGACCCAUGAAUUCCAGUGCUCAGUGGAAGGAUAAUUACACCAUCAAGCAGUGACCCAAUGGCCCUUGUUGCUGUCUAUAAUUAAGAGAUUGUAAGUUGGCUAUUACACUUUUUUCUCUUUUUCUUUGACUUUGUGAGGUGGUUUUGUCACAAUUUGAACGGACGCGCGUCACUCUUACGUAAUGUUUUAACGGGAAACCAAACAGCCUCAGCAUUCAGCUGUUCUUAGCCACCAUUUUGCGAGAACAAAGUAUAUGUAUAUAUUAAGAAUGGUACAAAAAAAAAACAGCUUACUUGUAAAAACCUUUGUGUUUUUUAUAUCUUUACAUACUUAUAAAAAAUGGUAGAGGGUAAAUGAAAAUGAAGAAAAACAAAAUGUGUCCUGCAUAGCAGUCUUUCAAAUUUCCUUUUAGCCGACAGGGAGUCGUGCAGAGGCAUGGGGCGAAGGCAACCCAAAAAAUUAGGAGCAGGGGGAGGAGCUUAUUUAGCCGGCCUUUUGCAUGUAUUUGAAUAUACAAUGUAAUAAGAGUGGUACACCAAAAAAUCGGUUUACAUGUAAAACUCUUUGUCGUUGUCAUAUGAAAAAAAAGUACAGGAAAAUUGCAAACGAAAAGAAUGGGGUUUAGUGAUAAAAGGUCACAUCGAAUCAAGAAAUGAGCUGAAACUAACAUAGUUCACUUGACAAUUGUAUGUCAGGCUUAUAAGUGGAGAAGGCUAAAAAUUGUACACUUCUAGUUUUCUUAACACCUUACCUAAAUGACAUUGGUUACUGUUACGGAAAAUCAUAUUUUAGAGUCAGCUUUGUAUAAAGCAAUGAUUUUGCAUACAUUCUUGGGAACAGCAAAGUGAUUUAGAACAAGCCCUCUAAGUAUAGUGUUCAUUCCGUGCAAUAACGCAUAAAUAAAAGGUUCUGGAAGAAAAGACACCUUAUUUUAUACCCCUGAGGACAAGCAAAAAGGUCAUAUGGGUACCUCGGUUUAAAAUAUUUUAUAUAACUCUAUUAAUUAAUACCAGUUCUAAUUUAAAGGAAAAAGUUAUGAGAAUAAAAUAAAAGUUGUCUGUACCACAAAGCAUGCCUUCACUCUUUAGACUGAGAGUCCUAAAGCUUUUUUAGAGUGUAUUCGAAUAUCUUAUGACGAUAAGUCCGCCACCCACACCACCCUGCGGCGUACUGUUUUCAUUCAGCGGCUGGUCAGCGGUCACGUUUAUGAGGUAAACAUGGCGAUCACCUCCUGAUCACCGUUCUGGUCGAUCAGAAAAUCCAAAAUACCAGCGUGAUAUGGCCUCGAAGAUGACGCAGUUAUGUUGUUUGAUUCGUACUUCACAUUGGAGUCGAAGCUUGGGUGGCACAGGUUAUUUCUUACGGUGGAAUCGACAAGGGAAAUUCGAACACUAGUGGUCACUAGUUGUAGUGUUUGAAUUGUUGGAAGAAAUGGUCGCAUGGGGAUGUAGGAAUGGUAGGUUUAACGAACAGUUUCAAAUUUUGCCCCUUGAAUUGAACGUGAAGUUCAUUUGAAUGCUUUCCUAUGUAUUUCUGACUGUUUUAGAUCUAUCUGCUCGAUUUAUAUCUGCUACGCUUCAUGUUGACAAGUCCCUCAAAAUGGCGGCAAAAGUUGGAGAUUGCGGAAAAUUAGGUAAGUUCACGGAGUUAUAAAGUUUUAGUAAAGGUCGGGCCGCAAAGUUUUUUUCUGUAGUUACCUUUUCUAUGGCACCUACCUCCUAGCUAUAUUAGUUGGAUCAGUUAAGAACGCCUCACUUUUUCAAAAAUGUACCUUGAAUUUGAUCGGUUUUCGCGUGUGUGACUUAAGCGAACCGAUAAGGUGUCGUUCAAGUCUUCCUGUUUGCUUGAUUGAAACGUGAUGUUCACGAAAGUCGCCUCGAUGGAUAAGAUAGACUUAUUACACAUGGCUGUGGUAUUUGAUUUUUGCUGAGUCCCGUACUUUUUUGUAAAUUGUCCUCCAAAGUUGUCUCAAAUUAAAGUCUUGAAAAGUGUCACAACAGGCCUUCGCUCGAGUGAAAUUUAAUUUCCGUAAAACUCUGAAAAAUAAAGAGAUCCGAUCAAACGGAUUGUGGUUUUAGUAUAGGUACAUGAAUGUCUUACAACACACAAGAAAUGAGCUAAAUCUGUGUCUCAACGAAAAACGACCGGACCGCUCUUACAGAGACACUCUCUUAAAACGCGAAAGUUGCGCAAAACUGAGUCUAUCCUUAUCGCUAUAGAAAACUUAUCCUGAAGGAUUAUAUGCUUCUGGUUCAUCACACUGCGACAGACAUACAAAGAUACUAAUACACUAUAAAACUCCGACAAAUGAGAAAUUUUGAGAAAUGGCAGGUAGGAAGGGAGCAAGACAUAAAAAAUGUUUUCAACAUGCUUUAUUUUUACGAUUUUAGGGGCGAAAGCGUUUGAGAAGUUAAAACUGUUUGAGCUGGUGAUCACUUGGUGUGAUCAAGGAUUAGCAGUAUCCUUUUACUCUUUACAUUCUUCCAUAGCUGAAAAAUGGUUUAUUUUCGCAACUUGUUGUAUACACUUCCGUUACGAUUUGUCUACCAUUUUUCUUGACUAA